UCGCAAUUCCGUCUGCUACCGAUGUGGCGUCAAGGGACACUUGGCCAAGGUUUGUCCGUCUGAGAGCACGGAAAACCCGAGCGGGGCCGUCGGUUCCGUCCCGCCCGGGCGGCCCCAGCCCGGUUUCCGAGGGGCGAUGAGCGCAACGCACCAGAGCGGCGCUCAGUGGUCGCACCAGCCGCGCGUGCAACCGCCGGUGGUCACGUUUCCACAUCCACAGGGAAUGGCUGUUCCCCAGAUGCACCUGCCGUCGCCGGGGCAUCAGACUCGAGCGGCACCAGAGUCGGGUCCGCCGAGGACUUCGAGCGCGUAAUUCCCUUGAGACCGGAUAUGACCUUUGAUGGAGUAGUCGGAGGAGUUCAAUGUUGUCUUUUGCUCGAUACAGGGAGUAGUAUCAAUUUGAUGAACAAGUCUGUUUUCGACGUUCUAAUUAAUCGGCCGCCUCUUCAGAAGACGUCGGUUGUGGCCAAGACCGCAGCUCAGGACCCUCUGCCAUUGCUCGGUAGGGCAAACGUGUCACUUAAAUUGGCGGGUCAGACGACAGUGAUGCCGUUCUUUGUGUCUGAGUCUAUCGAUGUCCCAGUCCUGCUCGGCCUUGAAUUUCUAGCAUCCUGUCCGUGUGUUGUUGAUUUGGCUGGGGGACAACUGGUUUUGACGCCGUCACGAGUAGUCCGGUCUGUUUCUGCUUCGCUUGUCUCUGUUGGACGAGUGAUCGUGCAGAAAGACAUCUCUGUCCCUCCUGGUCAUGAGCUUGUGAUACCGGCCUUCAUCCCGAAUUCAGACUUUCGAGGGCCAGCCUUGUUUGAGCCGAACGCUGAUAUGGAGGGAGUGGAGCUGGUGCCCUCCUUUGUUUCAGUUUCAGGCCAGUUUGUGCCCUGCAUUGUAAGAAACAUUUCCAGCGAACCGGUGACAAUUCGGAAACGAUCUGAGCUCGGACAGCUUGAGGUAGGCGUUGCCGAGUGUCCGCUGGCUGAGACGGAAAGCAGCAAAACGACUUGGCGAGAGCAGCUCGAUCUUUCUCAGAGCGAUCUCAGUGAUCCGGAGCGAUCAGCUGUCAUUUCUCUGCUCGCCAAAUACGAGGACGUGAUUGAUGGUCGAUUGGGUUUCACGCCUCUGGUUCAGCAUCAUAUUGAUACCGGUGAUGCUCCACCUACCAGGUCCGCGGCUCGCCGGAUCCCUCCGUUUCUUCAAGGGAAAGUCAAGGCAGAGCUGGACCGCAUGGUGGAUGCUGGCAUUCUUGAGGAGAAUUUCGGUAGCAGUUGGGGAUCCCCCAUCUGCGUUGUGUCCAAGAAGGAUGGAAACAUUCGAAUAUGUGCCGAUUUAAGGAAAGUCAAUGCCGUGACUCGAAUUCCCGCUUACGUUCUGAUGCUGGCACUUUCAUCUUGGAGACCGACGCGUCUCAAGACGCUGCAGGUGCCGUUCUGA